UCACCCUCACUGGCAUUCACCUCUCAGUAAAGGUCAGGAGUUGCAUCUUGAGCAUUGUUCCUUUCUUGUUCAACUGGUUGCGUUUUUUAAGAGUUAUUGAACGUGACCUACCAUGUCGGACAACGAGGAAGUGGGGGAGUACGAGGAGUUGGAAGAAGAAGAAGAAGCUGUUGAAGGGGAGCCAGAAGUAGAAGGGCAGGAAGAGGAGGAGGCUGAGGAAGAAACUUUACAGGAGGAAGAUAAACCCGCCGCGGCAGAGGAGGCAGAUGAAGGACAAGGUGAAGAAGAGGAGGGGGAGGAGGGCGAAGAGGAGGAGACCAAACCAAAGUUCAAGCCUUUCAUGAUGCCCAACCUCAUCCCUCCUAAGAUCCCAGAUGGUGAGAGGGUUGAUUUUGAUGACAUACACCGCAAGAGGAUGGAGAAGGAUCUAAUGGAGCUUCAGACUUUGAUUGAGGUUCACUUUGAAAGCAGAAAGAAGGAAGAAGAGGAACUUAUUAGUCUCAAAGAAAGAAUUGAGAAACGUCGAUCUGAGCGAGCAGAGCAGCACAGGAUCCGCAGUGAGCGAGACAAAGAGCGACAGAAACGACUUGAGGAUGAGAGAGCUCGUAAGGAGGAGGAAGAGGCUAAGAAGAGGGCAGAGGAUGACGCAAAAAAGAAGAAAACUCUGACCAGCCUCCACUUUGGAGGCUACAUGCAAAAGCUGAAUGAGAAGCGGAGUGGUAAGAGGCAGACUGAGAGAGAGAAGAAAAGGAAGAUUUUGAAUGACAGACGGAAAUCUUUGGACAUCGAGAAUAUGAGCCAAGAGAGACUCAAGGAGAAGGCCAAGGAGCUGUGGGAGUGGAUGUACCAGCUGGAGGCAGAGAAGUUUGAUCUGCAGUACCAAUUUACCAGGCAGAAAUAUGAGAUUAACGUGCUGAGAAAUCGUGUGAGCGACCAUCAGAAAACAUCCAAGAGAAGCAAGAGAGCUCUUAGGAAAUAGAUGACCUGCUCUACCGAGUGAGCUGCAUAUGUGUCCACUCAAAACUAGACUCCCCUUUGUUACAACUCC